AUGGCAAGACAGCGUGCUCCGUACCGGCUGACGGAUGUUGCCAACGUACCGGUUAUGUGUGCUCUUCAGCCGUAUGCUUGGCUACUUUGGACGAGUGGUCUGGUACUUCUGAUUUUGAUAUGGACAUUGUACGCGGUCACUCUCAAAUCAGCACUCCGGAAUUGGCGCGAAUCGAGGACAAAUGUAGUCACCGUGUUGUCAGUAUACCCUCUGGUGGCAACUGCUUCAUACGUGGCUAUUGUGGUGCCUCGGGCGACGGUCGUGGCCGAGGCAGUAGCGCAGGAGGUUGUGAUGGUAGCCAUGUACCAAUUCUACUGCCUCAUUAUUGCCGAGUGCGGCGGGGUCAGCCAAUUUAUCAGGCGUGCGGGUGAUUCUCGACUAGAAACACGAGUGAUGCCAUGUUGUUGUUGGCCUUGCUGCUUUAUACCAAGACCACAGAUUAAUAAGAGGUGUAUGAGUUGCCUGCGUAUCUUGGUGCUGCAAAUACCUAUAGUACAAGCAGUACUUUAUGUACUAAUACUAGUGCUUUGGGCGGAAGAUAUGAUGCUGUACCGCAGAUGUUUGGUCUACAUCCAAUGCUUCGUUGCGGUGUCAAUUUUGUCGGGAAUUUGGGGCGUAGUGAUGUGCGUGCGCGCGGCGGAGUCAAUGGGGAACGUCUUCCGACCUAGGUACUUCGCUUUGCAGUUGGUCCUCAUCAUAGUGAAGCUGCAAUACAGUCUGGCCAAGCUGCUCUCUGAUUCGGUCACGCUGCCUUGCAUCACGUCCCUUCACCCGACGGUCUUGGUAAAUGUGACACAAAAUACCGUAACGAUUUUCGAGAUGCUACUUCUGUCUAUCUGGGCUUGGCGUCUUUACGGUGUAGCUCAUGGAAAGGGAGUGAACAAUAUUCAGAAGAUCGGUGUCACCGCAUUGGAAGAAGGCAACGCGGCAUUAGAUGUGAAACCGACCAUAGAUGGCGUCGAUAAUAAAUCCUUCAACGUCAUUAGAUGCCACGAUAAACAA